GAAAUGAGCCGUUAAGCAGGAAAGUGAAAUAGGGGACGAACAUAGCUAGGGACGAAGAGGAAGACACCAACGAAGAAGAAAAAGGACUCAAGUAAUUUUCCGGCUGUUUGUUGGUGCUGAGUUUGGACCAGCACGCUGAGCAGAAUGCUGCUGGUUCUGUCUGACGAGCAUAAAGAACAUCUUUCCUUCUUGCCGAGGGUCGACACUGCAGUGGUUGCUGAGUUUGGUCGCAUAGCACUGGAGUUCCUGAGGAGGGGAAGCAGCCCGAAGAUCUAUGAGGCAGCAGCCAGAAAGCUCUGUGUUCCUGUGGAUAUGGUGCAGCACGGAGUGGAAGGCCUGAUGUUCCUAAUGACAGAGAGCUCCAAACAUAUGAUCACUGAAGUGGAUUUCCUGGACUCUGUGUUAGAUUUGGGGUUUGGUGAUGAGCUACACCAGAUCCUUGUACAGCUCUACCUGCAGCACCAACGUCCGAUCCGCAGCAUCCUGAGUCAGCUGCCCUCUACUCUACCUGCCUACCACAACCUGGAGUGGAGACUGGAUGUGCAGUUGGCCAGUCGCUCGAUCCGUCAGCAGGUCAUUCCCACGCUGACGAUGCGCCUGCUCCUAACAAGAGGCUAUGACGGUGGCAGCAACAGGGUUCUCCAGACAGUCCCCAGCACCCGGGUUCUCCAGACAGACCCCAGCACCCUCCUGCACCUCAUCUCCACACUGGAGGUCGCUCUGGCUGCCAUGAAAACAAGCCACUCUCGACGCAUAUUACGCAAUAUCAAAUAACCGCCCAGGUGGUGUUCGGUUUGGUUUGUGUGCCUCUUGCCACCUGUAAAAUACCACAUUACUGCCUUUAUACACAGAAAUAUGAGAAACACAUUUCUCAGUGUCUCUUUAUUCUUCAGACUAAGAAAUUAUCAUAAUUCAUAAAAAAUCUUUUUUUUACCCUAUGACCCAAAUGGUAUUGCCUGUAAUGUACAUAAUGUUUCUACAGUGCUGCUGAUGUUCCAUUUAAGUGUAAGAUACAGAUACACCAUUCUUGUGGUUUGUAAAAGCAGAGAAAACAAGCCUACCAACGUCUGACUUGAACAGAGUGUUAAUCACAUGAUGCUGAUGUGAUUUACACUCUGUGUUAAAUCUACAGCAGAAGACGAGACAGUCAUUGCUGUUUCCUUUGACGUUUUUUGAGUUCAUGCGUGUAUGCUGCUAUUGUGUACUCAGUGUGUUGGUGAAUCCUGAGCCCUAUUAUGUAAAGUAAAAUAUGUAGAGAAACCUUUGACCACAGUCAGAAGGAAUAAGGGGCCCCCUUUAUUAGUUGUGUGUGUAACCUGUGCAAAAGAAGGUGUCCAUGCAUAGAUGAAUGGGAUCAUAUGUGAGCGUGUCUGUAAAUUUAGAAGCACUCCUGACCAUGUAGGGAAUGUUAUUACAAUGAGACUAUGUUGUAGUAGCUUAAGUCUGAUUAGUAAUUUUCCGGACUCGUGACUUGAACUGGAUUUGACUGCAUUUUGUUGAAGACUGUUUUUAGUUUUUUUUGUAAUACGUCAUAACCGUGGUAGCUAAUAAGAUAUUGAUAGCUCUAUGAACAAUGUAACAUUAUUGGAUUUUUUACAAGGGCAGGCGUGUGUGCUCACCUGGAUUCAUGCUUAUACGCCGUGUAACAGGCCCUGCAUAUAUUCUUAAGUGAUACUCCAAAUUUGACAUUUAGUAGACCUGAAGAAAGCAUGACCUGAAUGAGUGAAAAUCUUCAGAAACUGCUGCAAAAAUUUUGCUCUCCAAUGUCUAGCCCUUUGAAUAGGGAAAUAGAAGCCUACUUCUGCCUGAUCAUCUACUGUUUGUUUAAAACUGGCUGUAGUGAAAGAGGGGAGAACACAGUGCAGUUUCAGACCCAGUUUGCUUGUUGAUGAUUGUUGCACAUUACUACACAGUGUAGAAUUUAUGGCAUUAGAUAUGAUUAUAUCAGUAUUUUCAAUAAAACCCAGUUAUCUGCU